AUUGCACCCCUGCGGGCUGCGCCUGCCUCACUUCAGCUCGCGUGGCUGCUGCCUCUUUGUUCCCUCUCUCACCCCCUUCCCUUAAAUCCUCGCCCGCCCUCCCUCACUCCUACACCCCAUUUCCUCCGCCCUCAGCCGUCCGCCCGCAGCGCGUGUCUUGCCAGUCUACGACGCUCACUUGCGGCCUAGCGCGCUCUCAUUAUAUAAGGCCCGGCUACGUCGAUCGGUCGCCAAAAUUUCCAGCCCGACCCAGACAAACCACACCUGACACUCCAAGUCACCCCCACAACCCCAACCUAUCAUCAUGGCUUCCAUGGAGUACGAGUCUGAGCAGCGCGGAUACGAUGACGAGCCCCGUGGCUACGACCGCGACCGCAGCAGGUCUCCGCGCGGUGACCGUCGCGAUAUGGACAACUCUCGCGCUCGCAGUGCCUCGCCGAACGGUCGCGAUAGCCGCGGCCCACCGCCGGACCGCGAGGACGAUGUCAGCCGCAACCCGGGUUCCAAUCUCUUCGUCACCGGCAUCCACCCCAGCCUCACCGAAGAUGAAGUCACUCGUCUAUUCGAGAAGUAUGGCGAGGUGGAGCAGUGCAACAUCAUGCGCGAUCCGCACACCAAGGAGUCGCGCGGCUUCGGUUUCGUCAAGAUGGUCACCCCAGACCAGGCUGACGCUGCCAAGGAGGGCCUCCAGGGUGAAGUUCACCAGGGCAGGACGCUGAGCAUCGAGAAAGCCCGCCGCGCGCGCCCACGUACUCCCACCCCGGGCAAGUACUACGGUCCGCCCAAGCGUGAGUUCCGCGGAGGAGGCCGUGGAGGAGGGCCGCCCCGAUAUGGCGACCGCUAUGAGGACCGCCGAGGCGGAGGCUCCUAUGGUGGUAGUAGGCGAGACGACUACGGCGGGAGCUAUGGCUACCGAGGCUCCCGCUAUGAAGACCGCCCGUACCGCCGCGAGCGAGACGACUACGGCCCGCGUGGAGUCGACCGCUACGCCUCCCGCGACGACCGCUAUAGCCGCGAGGACCGACGUGGUGGUGGAAGCGGAUACUAUGAGCGCCCGCCGCCACCAGCAGGAGGUGCAGCCGGCUACGGCGACGCUGCUCCUCCCCCUCGUCAGGAAGCAUACGGCGGCAGCAGCGGCGGCGGUGGCGGUAGCAGGCCGUACGAGGACCGUGGUGACGAUUACCGAUAUUCCAGCUAGCUUCCACGCUGACCCUGCUAGAGCCGAAACGGUACUGAGAUGCUAACCAUCUCCCCGGUUUUGGCGGCAAUCUUCGACCUCAUCCCCUCAUGUAAUCCUACACACUUCUUCUUUGCGAAUCGGUUUAAUACGGCUUCGUCACAACUCGGG